AUGUCUGGAUCCUGCAGCUACGACUACUCAGUGCCAGGGCUGCCGUCCUCCCCUGAUAGUGACAUCACGGGGAUUGGUGUUAUUAUCAACUACAUUGCUACCGCAGGGCUCUCUAUCCUUAUUAUCCCGAUUUACUAUGUCACCGUGUACGACCCUUCGCAUGACCCAUUCGACAAAGCCGGAGAAAAGACAAUCCUAGCUCGCUCCAAUCCAGUGGACAAUUUCAUCUUGGGAGGACUUCGAUCUGGAACAAGAUAUCUCUUGAAACAUCUCCGCUCUAAUCAAAUGAGACCUCAUGCCAGUGUUCGGAUUGCGAAUAUUCUGAUUAAGUGUAUCCUGGUAAUGAGUGAUCUUCAGACUGUCACCGGCUUCGCGAUCCUCAUCAGUGGGUAUACGCAGCUUGAAUGUGGCCUUGAUACCUCGAAAUGGCGCGCUAUUCUUGGCUUAACAUGGUUCGCCUACAUCACGCAACUGUCAUGUUUGACAAUCUUGCAAGACCAUCUUUACACGCAUACAUUUGAGCGCUCCUGGCGCUUGCUUGCUACAGGAGCCCUUGCAACGUUGUUGGCUGUUGGUCUGCUGUUGACAGCCAACCCUAUGUGGUAUGAUCCCGAUGACUCCCGUCCCGCUAUCUCCAUCCAAACAUCGAUUGCCUCUGCAGUUUUCGUUGUAGUUGCCUUUAUCUCUCGGGUUGUCAGGCUACACAAAGUUUUAAGUAUCGGCAUCCUUGGCCAGGCUAUCUAUUGGCUCGAUUCUCAGGGGCGUCAGCUUCUCUGGGUUCUUUUCAAGUGGCUCUGUGCCGGAGAAAGUAUUUACAGUCUCAAACGCUCGCUCAUAUAUCGUCCUCUCUUCGGUGCUUUCAAAACACUACGUCUGCUGUUGGUUUCGUGGGCUUCUUUUGCCGUCGAAGUGGGCUGGGUUUGUGUCGCAUUUUCCUGGGGGUUUUACCGUCUGUAUUUGGACCUUGGUGGCCAGAGCGAAUUUUUUAGCGCCAGCAGAGAAGACUGGACGUUCGGACAAGUCGUGUCCGUGAUUAUGCUAAUGGCACCACUUAUAAGUAUUAUUGGAGCUUUCAAUGACGCAGAUACAAAAGCCAGCGAAAAUACAUUGCUACAGGGCCCGCCUGAAGAGCCAAUGUCUCCCAUGGUACCUGGGAGUCAAAUUUCCCAGCUGCCUGUCUGCUCCACCGAAGUCACAGACCAAGAAGACCCCGAGAAUCCAGAUAUUGACUGGGCUUUGAACACUACCUUUCUUGGAACGGUCACCGCGUACUGCUUCGGGGUGUGUCUGGCUAUGGCUUGUUUCAUCUUCACUAGGAGUCAACCUAGUUAUAGUGUCUCUCCUUUGGAAGGGGUCUCCGUGAUAGGUGGAGGUGUUCCGCUGGUAUUCUGGGAGAUGUACUUCCUGGUUCUUUGUUCCAUCAUCAUUGAGCUGGCCGUGCCGCAAGAUAUGUCCUGGCUUCGAAGAUCAUUACUGUCUGAAUAUCGGUUUGCUUCUGGCUGUCUGGGCAUUAUUCACGACUAG